AUGCCAAGUGUUUCGCAGGAUGAUGUAAAGGGCGUGCUUGCUGGUAAGAUGUCUACUGGUAAUAGCAGUGAUGACAGUAGCAGUCAGUCAGGUAAGAAGCGUAAAUAUGGGAAAGUCGACAAACACAAUGAGAAGAAAUUGUUGAUGCCUACGGCAUCAACAAAAGUGAAACGGUUUUCACAGGCAUGUGAUAGAUGUAGGCUUAAGAAGAUUAAAUGUGACGGUAUCAAGCCUAGUUGUUCCAAUUGUAAGAAGAUAGGGUACCAUUGUUCGACUAGUGAUAAGCUUACAAGACGCGGGUUCCCUAGGGGUUACACGGAGAUGUUGGAGAACGAGGUGAUUAAGUUGCAGCGGCUUUGUGGGAUGGUGGACGAGAACGGUGAGACCGUGAUUGAUGGUGCAGUAGCUGCCGUGGCAGCUACUGCACAGACGGGUGUUAUUCCUGCUGGCCAGGAAUUCCUUAACUCUGUGGGGGAAAUGGGAACAAAGUCUUCUGUUUCGGUUCCUCCAGCGGCAUCGGCAGCGCCAGUACCGGCCCAGGCCCCUGCGUCCACGUUCCUACCCUUUAUCAAUGAUACUUUCCAUAAAUUCCCAAACUAUAUCCAUGACCAAGUGUAUCUAGGUAAUUUCACCUGGAAUUCGAUCGUCAACCAUAAUAAAUCUCAGUUGAAGUCUUUCCAGUAUACAAGGUCUAUCGUACAGGACCCGGUUCUAUCGUACCUUAACCGACAUUUCCCACUUUCACCGAGCGGUGUACCGAUUAAUAUCCCCUUAUCUGCUGAGGAUGUAAUACGAUUAAUUGAUAAGUACUUGAACUCGAACCAAAUCUUCCCAUAUCUCUUGGGGACGUCAUGGCACCAACGAAUGAUCUCGGUACUAACCGGGACUUCGACUGUCUCUGACCCUGCGGUGUCCAUUGUACUAAUACUUAUAGUACAGUUCGAGUUGAAUUGUUUCAAUAACGAGACGAUUUUCCAGGCGGUUAAACUUUUGGGUUCCUUGUCGCAGGACAAAUUAUCAUCGAUUCAACUGAUGAAUUUCGGAAUACGGUAUUUCAUGUCCCAGGAGAACCCAUACUCUGUCAUUUGGACUAACGAUUUGAUUAAUUUCAACCAGUAUAUGAUCAUCAAUUCAGCUUUGUUCUUGAAUUACAACAAUCUUGUUGGACAUGAAAACUCAACGUCAAAGGUUAUUAGGCUUCUCACGUUUUAUCAAUUCCAAGUGUUCCAGAUCUGGUGGUGUUUCAUCAACGGAUUACCUAAGACUAAUUUCUUAAUCGAUGAAUUCCAUCCACCAACCAUUUCAGAGUUCCCACCUCAUUUGAAGAUGUUCCAACUCAUUUAUGAUUUCAUAUUGCAAUUGGAUGGUUGUCACCUUCAAUUAUUAGCUAAUGAGACUAACAAUAAAUAUCAGCUGUUGAUAGAAUCCUUCGGUUACAAAUUAAUUUACCAAUGGAAACUUUAUCACCAUUUACAAGACCAUGAUUUCAAACAAAUUCAAUUGGAAAACAACGACUUACUUGAAAUCGGUAUCACUUUGGUAUACCUCGUAUGCCGAUAUUUACAACAACCGAAUUCCGUGGAACUAUCUUAUGAAAUCAUAUCACUUUAUUGGUUAAUCCUAUCCGAUAAUUCAAACGUGAAACCAAUAAAUUCGAGAAUCUUGAAGACUGUUCAGUUUAUGCCUUUGAACAAUAAACAAUUGAUAGAGAACUGUUUGUUGAACUUAUUGAAUGAACCAAAGGAAACGUUCAACUGGUACAAAUACAAGAAGUUGUUGAAACGAUGGGUCACCAUUUGGAUGGAUGAUAACGACAUUUUCUCAAGGUUAAUCUCUCACUACCAACUCUCCAUCGGCAUGUCAGAUAUUUCACCAACCAUUUCGAAUUUCAAACCAAUGGGGAUGGUACCUGAUACCGUUAACGACACAACUAAUUUAUUCAAGAUAUAUGACGAUGCCAAUGAUAACAUAAUUGAUGACGAAGGCUACGAAGAAGAUAACGAAAGUGACUACAACGAAUUGAUAAUAUUGCCCAAGAGGCGAAGCAUGGGUCACCAUCCAUCUGCAAGAGCGUCCAGCAUCCAUAAAGCCGGAGAUCGAACUGAUUUUUCACUUUUCAACAAUAAGAUCGACCACAUCAUAAUCAAGGAGUAG